AUGGUCUUGUUACAAUUAAUUAGUCUAUCGGUUAAUAUUCUAUGUUUAAUACAGAAAGUUCCACAAAUUUAUCAAAUUUAUAAAACAAAAAAUGUUGAAAGUAUAUCAAUAUCAUCUGUAUUACUUGAAGAAACAGCUUAUACAUUGAUAUUAACUUAUAAUCUUUGGCGAAAUUAUCCAUUAUUAACAUUUUUUGAAUAUAUAUUUCUUUUUAUACAAGAUUUACUUCUUUUAUGGGCAUUAUCAAAAUAUGCAACAACAGAUUCAAAAGAAAAAGAUAAAUUGAAUGAUCGAUCGACUCCAUUAUAUGGAAUAGCUAUAUUUUGUCUCUAUCUUUUAAUGAGUCUCAUGGGUCUUGUACCAACAUCAUGGAUGCGUAUGUGCACGAUAUUUGUGAUUCCAAUUAGUGCUACAUCAAAAAUAGCUCAACUUCAAACUAUUCUAAUUAAUAAAAAUGCUGGUCAAGUUAAUCGAUCUGUUUGGAUAAUAGCUUCGUACAAUAAUUUUGCUCGUAUACUGACAAAUCUUAUUGAAACACAUGAUAAGAGUAUGGUUUUAAAUUUAUUUGUUAGUUUAAUACUUAAUACUUCAAUUGUUAUUGCAUGUACGGUCUACAAAUAUGGACCAAUACGAAAAUCCAAGGAUAAGAAAAAGAAAAAGACAACAUAA